AUGGCUUUCGCAAGAUUCAUUGCCCAAAUAAUCAGGUUGAGAGCGCAUUUCCCUGAUUAUGCCAUAAAGAAAGUCAGGCUUGAUAAUGCUGGUGAAUUCACUUCAGCAGCCUUUAAUGACUUUUGUAUGUCUGUGGGAAUCGAUGUUGAACAUCCGGUUCCGCACGUUCAUACGCAAAAUGGCAUGGCUGAGUCAUUAAUAAAGCGGUUGCAGUUAAUUGCAAGACCGUUAAUCUUGAGAACAAAACUCCCAAUCACUGUAUGGGGACAUGCAAUAUUGCAUGCGGGAGCCUUGGUUCAAGUGAGACCAAGUGCUUAUAAUGAAUUUUCGCCCAUACAGUUGGCAUUUGGAAAUAUGCCAAAUAUAUCCCAUCUCCGGGUAUUCGGGUGUGCGGUCUAUAUCCCAAUAGCGCCACCACAGAGAUCAAAAAUGGGACCACAGAGGAGAUUGGGAAUAUAUGUCGGGUAUUCGUCCCCUAGUAUAAUAAGGUAUCUUGAACCGGCAACUGGUGAUAUGUUUACGGCAAGAUUUGCCGAUAGCCACUUUGAUGAAAAUGAAUUCCCUGCGUUAGGGGGAGGGUCGAGAGAAUCACCAAAUGAUAUCACCAAAUGGUGUACACACUCUUUGGCUUAUCUUGAUCCUCCUUCUAAUCAACGCGAGGUGGAAGUUCAGAAAAUUAUACAUAUGCAAAGAUUGGCUAACCAGUUGCCCGAUGCGUUCACAGAUACGAAAAGGGUGACGAAGUCCUAUAUCCCCGCUGCUAAUGCUCCAUCAAAAAUAGAAGUUCCUCAUGAACAUUUUGAUGUGAAUAGAGCAAGUGAACCGGUUCAAUUAAAGCGCGGGAGGCCUAUAGGAUCAAAGGAUAAAAAUCCCCAAAAGAAAAAGAAUUGUGGAGUAAAGGUUCCUGAUGAACCGAAAUGUCUUCAAGACAUUUCCGAACAGGUUCUUGUAGAACCUGAUAAAGAGGUUCGUCAAGAUGACGAACCAGAGACAGAAAAAUUUGAGAUUUCCAUCUCCUUCGCCCAAAGUGGAAAAAUAUGGGUUGAAAUAGAUGAUGAAAUGUUCUCUUUUUCUGUAGCUAAAGAGAUCGAUCAUGAAAAUGAUGAUCCAGAUCCAACUUCCGUGUCAGAGUGCCAAAAGAGGCCGGACUGGGAGAAAUGGCAAAUGGCCAUGAAGAAUGAAAUAUUCUCUCUCAAUAAACGGACUGUAUUCGGACCGAUAAUCAUUACACUAAAAGAUGUAAUGCCGGUUGGAUACAAAUGGGUUUUUGUAAGAAAAAGAAAUGAGAAAAACGAAGUCACAAGAUAUAAAGCUCGUCUUGUGGCUCAAGGUUUUUCUCAAAGACCGGGGAUAGAUUAUGAAGAAACAUAUUCCCUGGUAAUGGAUGCAAUCACCUUCAGGUACUUAAUGAGCCUAACGGCCUCUAAUAAUUUAGAGAUGUACCUGAUGGAUGUUGUGACUGCAUACCUAUAUGGCUCACUUGAUAGUGAGAUAUAUAUGAAAAUUCUUGAGGGAUUUAAGAUCCCAAAAGGGUCAAAGAUGUCUGAAGCAUCUAAAGAGCUUUGUUCGGUCAAACUCCAGCGAUCACUUUAUGGAUCAAAACAAUCCGGCCGCAUGUGGUACAAUCGCUUAAGUGAAUACUUGUUGAGUAAAGGUUACGUCAACAAUGCGAUUUGUCCAUGCGUGUUCAUAAAGAAAUCCUCAACGGGUUUUGUGAUCAUUGCUGUGUAUGUUGAUGACCUGAACAUGAUUGGAACUCAAAAGGAGAUUGAUGAUGCAAGAACUCAUAUGAAAGAUGAGUUCGAAAUGAAAGAUCUUGGAAAGACAAAGUUUUGUCUGGGGCUCCAGAUAGAGCAUUUCCAAGAUGGAAUAUUUUUGCAUCAAUCAAAUUACACCAAAAGGGUGUUAAAGCGCUUUUAUAUGGAUAAAGCGACUCCUUUGAGUAGUCCAAUGGUCAAUAGAUCGCUUGAUGUUAACAAGGAUCUAUUUCGACCUAUUGAAGAUUCUGAAGAAAUGUUAGGUCCUGAAGUACCUUACAUGAGCGCCAUCGGGGUACUUGAUGAUAAGGUUUUGUGUGUGGAUGUGAAAAGAUAUGAAAUGAGAUGA